AUGAAUCAAAACACAAAACUUUUUGAAAGUAAAGUUGCCAAACACAUCGCUAUCAAGGUUGCGAUGUACGAGCCAUCAUACGACAACGCUCGAUUCUUCCCUUUUUUGGGAUCAUUCCUCGUUGAAAUAUUAGCAAUGGGACAUGGAGAUGAAGAUGAUGAUGGAUGGGAGAUUAGUGGAUCAAGCAAACAAGCAAAGAUGAAAGAGUUGCAAUUAAAGAGACAAAAGAAAGCAAAUGAUCUGCAACUCAAGCGUGAACAAGAGGCUAAAGAGAUUGAACAAAAGAAGAAAAAGAUGGAUGAGAUGAUGAGUGGACAAGGCUACUUUAACAAGUGGGAGGUGCUCAAUGACGAUGUCGAAGACUCUGAAGAGGCAAAGCGUGAAAAGCGUCGCUUGCAAAAGAGCAAGCAAAAGAAACAAGAGGAUGGCGAUGGCACCACCUUUGUCUAUCAAAGUGCUUUCAUCAGAGACGAGGAAAAGAAAAAGAACCAAAAGAAACAUCAACAACAAAUGAAUUCACAGUAUCAUCAAUUGGCUCAUCAAGAACAAAAGGAAAAAGAGAAAAGAGAUUUGGAAUUAUAUCCAAGAACUAUUGAAUUGGCAAAAGAAAAGUUUAAUUAUGCAAAUUAUUAUGAAUUGAUGGGAAAUGUUGAGAAAAAGUAUCCAAAGGUUGUUGAUAUUCAAAUUAAAUAUAUUGCUGAAUGUUUGGAAGAAUUCUUUGGUCAUGUUACAAUGGAUUCAAAUAAUUUAGUUUCUGUUUUAAGUGAUACUGAAUUCCCAUUAAAACAUUUAUCAACAAGAUUUGUUGAUGAAACUAUUAGAUUUUUAAAACAAAAACCAGCUGAUAAUGUUGCAUCUGCCGUUUUAUUCUUGAUCAAUACAUUACUAUCUAUUCUCAAGGGUGAAAAGGGAGCAAUCAAAUCAAGUGGUGUUGGUUUAUUGAUUUUCUUACAAGUCGUUUUUAAAUGCAAUGCUUUGGUUCCACUCUAUCUAAUCGAACAUUUCAAGACUGUUUUCGCAGCCAAUAAUCUUCAACAUGUUAAACCAACCAUUGCAAGUCUCUAUAUUUGGUUGAUUAUGCAAUCAAUUGAAACAAAUCCAAAUGUUGCUUUAUCUUUUUGGUUAUCAAUAUUUUUACCUUUAUUAUUAACUCCUGGUGUCAAAAUUCCAUCAACAAUGAAUGAUUUAAUUCAAAAGUUUACUACUAAAUUAUUUGAAAAGGAAAUUAAAUUUUCAAGUCAUAAAGAAGUAGAUGGAAAUAUUUUAGCAUCAAGUUUGGAAUUAUUUUUAUGGUCAAUUCAUAAAGAAUAUUCAACACAAGAGAAUAUUUUAAAUAAUUUAAAUCAAUUAUUAUUUGAUCCAAAAAAAUUAUUCCCAUCAAAGAAUGUAUCACAAUCAUAUUUAUCAGUUUUGGUUGGUAGCACGGCAGUAGCUGAUACCAAACAAAGAGAUCGUAUCAUUUUGUCGAUUAUCGAGUGUUUAAAGAUUGACAAGAAAUGCUACGAAUACAUAAAGGUGGAUUCAUCAAAGAAUGUUGCACAGAUCAACAACAUCCUCUUGUACAUAUCGUUAAAGUGCGACGAAUUAAAACUCAACAAGGUACUCGACCGCGAGCAAAUGUAUGGUCUUGCCAAAUACUGCAAGGAGCAAUACACAGCAGUCCUCGAAACACCACCCAAAAAGAGACAACUUCCUCGUAGUGUAGAGGUUAAAGACAUUGAAAUGUGUCUUAUUAGUCUUAAACCAGUUUUAAAGAGAUUCAAACCAUCUGGUUCAAGCAGCAGCAGCAGUGGUCAUAAUAGUAGAGGUGAAUCAAAAGGACGUGGAUUUUUAUUUACAUUCUUUAUCAUUCUAUUACCAUUGAUUGCAGUAUUGGCAUUUUUUAUCCGUUCAUUACUUUGUAACCCUGAAUUCCAUCAAUACCAAGAACAACUUCAUCUCGAGAAAUAUCUAACUCAAGAUCAUCUAACAAAUAUUAAACAAUAUGUAUGUAAGGAAAGAGAAGGUAAGGAAUAUUAA